GGCUUAUAAAUAUAGACACCAUCAGUUGAAAGUUCAAUUUCGCGGAAUGGUGGGUUGACAAGUUAGGUGUCUAAAUGAAUACUACGUUCGGAAGGUUCUCCUCUCGAACUUCAUCAGCCCAGUGUAACAUUGGAGAUAACCUGCAAGAUGAUUUAUCAGAUUUUCAGGGAGAACAGUUAUUUCCAGCUCUUGAAAUAACCGGAGAAAAUUUAGAGGAUCUUUUAGCCUAUGACGAUUUGUUUCUGGAUUAUUUCAAUGCAUUCCUGUCUCUCCCUGUAUUUCCACAACGCCUUACGUACAACCGUUUGACUGGUGCCUUUGAAGAAUGUGAUAUAAAUGAAAGGUCAAUCCAUAGUAGUAGUACCCGUGGUAACAACAGUGAUGGUCUGCCCUAUGGACCAACAGACGAAGAAAGAGAGAGAUUGUUAGAAUGGGCAAGAACUGACAGACUGCCACUUUUCCUCAGCACUCAACUAUUCAGGGAAUUUAAAUUAUGUAAAUUAUUAUUACGUCCACUGGAUGACCGAUACUCAGCAAGUCGUGGCUCUAGUCAACAAAUUAGAGGAUAUAGUCGGCAGUCGGAGAGUUAUGUGUCUAGUUUAAGUAAUAGUGCUGAUAAUAGUGCUCAUGAUGAGAUUGACGAUGAUGACUUUGGCUUUGGAGAGGGACAGUAUCGUUACUCUGCACUGUUCCCUUACCAGAGACCAGGGAGCAGGGCAUACAGUGUUCCAAACAGAAUUUAUUUAGGUUCAGAAACAACAUAUAGAGGAAGUACAAAUACAGAAACACAACAUUCUCAGGAAAAGGCUAUAAUUAAAAGUGCUACACAUAGAAAGAAGAAACAGAAAGAUGGAAAACCAAAUAGUGAAGCCAAAGAGGGUAAAGCUUCUGUGAAGUUUGAAAAUCCUGGAGAUGAUGUCAAGAAAUUACAAUUAAAACAAAAGAAAUAUACCUCAGAAGCAGAAGAAGCAUUUCUACGACAUGCAAGAGUAUUAUCAGCCCCUGUUAACUAUGAAGAUUACAUGAGACACCCAUUGUUUGGAGAUUUUGACUUCCUGUUUGGGGAAGAAGAACCUGAUCCUAAUGGCCAAGUUUAUGUUCAAUUUGAGGAUGAACGAGGGAGUGAAGAACAGACAGAAACAGAUGUAAAGAACUUAGAAGGAAGAACAAGAAUGUCUCUUCAACAACUUAAAGAACAGAUUUUAGGAACAAAUGAAGGAAUGGAAGGUUUUAAGGAAUUCCUAAGCAACACAGCUGGUUAUGCCUUAUUAAAUUUCUGGCUGGAUUGUGAAUAUUAUAAAGAUGCCAUGGAAAACUUUGAAGAUGAAAGCAGUAAUGAUAUUAGAAAUAGAUUAUUUAGGGAUAUUCAAGACAGAUAUAAAAUGAAUUUAACAAUUGAUGCCAAAAAUAGUAUAUCCAAAGCAGCUAGUAAUGCUAAUCUAAGCCAUACAGUAUUUAUCCGAACUCAGUACGAUGUGCUACGGAGGCUGAGGGCAUACUGGGUACCUCGCUACCUCAUUCAUGUAGAGAGGGAACUUAGCCUGAGUCCUUAUGCAAACAGAUUAGAAAUACCUAAACUAUCAGCGAAGACAUUUACUCCAUUUUUUCCUUCAAUCUCAUUGGUCAGUUCAAUGCCAGUAUUACCUGACGAUGUCCUGACCUUCUCUAAAACAAAAAAUUGGGAGCAUCUGAGUCAGGGUGGUCGGAGACUAGAUUCAAGGAUAUCGUCAGCAAAGUUUAAGAUGGGGCAAGCACCACCACCAACUUCUCAAAGACGUGUACUUGCACAGUUGAGAUUUGGCUUGGAUAGGUUUCAGAUAGCACUGGCUACAGAUAAACUAGCAGGAGGACCCUUUCAACAUUUCUUAACAAUGCAAGAUAACAAACUGUUGUUGUCUAUGUUGCUGUUCUGGCAAAGUGUAACAGAAUAUGGUGCUGCAGAAGAGAGGUCAGCUGACAGAUUAUUACGCAUGUGUCAUGCCUGGACUAUUUACAAUAAUCACAUAGCUCCUAACAGUUAUCAUUAUAUAGGUUUUUCUCCAUCGGAGCAGGAUGAAAUUCACAAACAGUUACUUAACGCUACAGACUUUAUAGAGGCUUCAGUUUUUAAUAGUGCUAAACAAUAUGCCAUGUCUAGAUUACAACAGGCCUGGAUCAGAUAUCUCAAAGAGGACCUUAAAGGAUUCUUAGAUGCCCAUGUGUUAGCUAGAGGGUUAUCUCCCCCUCCUACAGCAGAUGUGAUAGAAAUAACAGUAUUAAAUGACCAGUUAGUGAUAUCAAGACCUGACCCUUGGGUCAGAAGCAGGAAGGAUUCACCGUCAGUGUCAAACAUUUUAAGCAGGGUUCCUACUACUGAAUCACAAAGAGCUAGACGUUUAAAAGAUGCUUUUCAAGAUGAUAUUGACUCAGAAAAGAGGGCAGAGCUUCGUAUGUUAGCUAGACUACGAAGAAAAGACAUGGAAAGAGAAAGACGAAAAGCAAUUAGAAAUGCAUACAGGAGGGUUAGAGAGGCAAAGAAAAAGAAAGGCUCUGCUGAGCAGAAAGAAGAUGGAGAAGAGGAACUUGAUGGAGACACAGAAAAUAAAAGUCCAAAACCUCCACCUCCAUUUUCUGAAAUGGUGGACAAUAGAAGCAUUAUGAAAGCAUUUAAGAAGCACUUACAAGAAGCAGAUGACAAGGAGCGAUUUUUUAUGAUACAGUUAUUUCAUGAUGUGGAAAAAUAUUUAAGUUAUGGUGGCAAUAAAAGUGUGGCAAAGAAGAAAGAUGCUCAGGCUACUUUAAUUUAUAAAACUUAUGCAGAUUCUCAUGGGAAGAAGAAAAUAACAUUUAACGAGAAACUUCAGUCCAAGUUUUCAGAGAGACCAAAAACACCAACAUUAAAAGAAAUGCAACAUUAUAUUCUACCAAAAAUAGAUGAAGUUUUUAAACCUUAUAUUCAAGAUAAAGCAGCAGAAAAUGGUAUGGAGCCAAGAGAAUUUCUAAACUUAUCUCAAGCAGAAUUGUCACUUAGACUGGAUACUAACCUAGCUGUGCCUAAUUGGAAGAAAGGGAGAAAAGGAAAGACAGAGGAAAAUGAGGAAAGUGCAGAUAAAGAUAAAUCCCCUGAGGUACCCUCAGACAAGCCUCCUGAUGGGAAGGCCCCUAAAGACUGGAAAUUUGUGCAAAGAAUGAGAGUGCCUCAGGAUAAACCAUGUAUGACUGUUGAUAUGUAUACUCAUGGCGAAUUACAAAAAAUGGGUGGUCGUAAAGUUAGAUUUGCUAAGGAAGCACAAGUAAAAGCUGAGGAAUCAGAGGACGAUAUAUGGGGCGAGGAUGAGUCUCCCGUGCCACGACGUCCACAAAAGGUGGAAUCUCAGAUGACUGUUCGCAGGGUUACACGGAAGUCGAAGACUGGUAGGGGUCACCCAACGAAAGAGGACAAAGAUGAGUUUAACAAAGGAUUAAAACAGGCUGCUGCUGGAAACAUGACGCUACAAAUGUUGUAUUUCUAUAAAUAUCUCCUAAAACACGGUGAAGACGAUGGAAAAGAUAAAGACAAAGAUUUUUUCUUUUACAUUGAAAGUCUGAAGUUCAAGGAAUGCAGUCAACCAUAUGCUGAUGAAGAGUUGUUAAGAAGAAAGGUCCAGUCUAUAUUAGAUUGUUUCCUUGAAUCAGCUAUCACACCAACUUUGCAGAUUGAUAUAUCGUCAGCUUGUUGUGAGAAAACCCUGAAGGCAGCCCAGAAAUACCUGACUGGGAAGGAGGUUGUACCGAGUGUAUUUGAUGAAGCUAUGGUACAGGUUUAUCCAGACCUACUGGGUUACUGGGCAGGAUUUAAAAAGACUUUUACACCUCCAGAAGAUCCUAAUAAACGUCCAAUAACGAAAUAUCAAAAAUUAUUGAAAUCAAGAUUAGAAAAAAUAGACGGUUUCCAACUGCCAUCACAGGUAUUCCCACUUCCUGCUAUACCAGAGGGCGCUAUACAGGCAUACAGUUUUUCUCUAGCAGACGGAGUCAAAUGGAGGAAAGAAUCCGUGUUUAUGGGAUCAAUGGAACUGUCUAAUAGUGAAGCAGGAAGCAUUAUGGGAAGCCCAACAGGAGAACAUUCUGAUAUAACCACUGCCGUUUCGAUGCGUCGCCCAAGUAUUGGUGGCACCAGAGAAUCAACUCGUAGUAAAAAACAGAAGGCAAACACACGUUUACAAUUACCUGGAAUUCAGCCGACAACAGCAGGAGAGAGUAUAGCAGCUUCUGGAUUGUAGUUUAUAUUGUUAUAUUUAAUUAUUGGAGAACUGUGAUAAUUUGUGAAAAUGUGCUCUUUAAACUUUGUACAUGUUUUUUUUUAGUCUUCAAGUUAAGAAGUACUUAAAAUUGCAGAUAUGAGGGACAAAAGUUUUUUUUAAAAGUUCUAGGCCCAAUUUUACAAAAUGUUGAAAGGCUAAAUCAUGAUUUUUUUUCAAAUUUACACUUAACUUUUAUUCGCUUGUUUUAUGUUUUGUCAAUUUGUUAAACAAACAAGUGAAUUUGUGCAAAUCUGUAUUUGAAAACCUUGUUUUACAAAAAAGAAUGCUAAGUAGAAUUGGUGUUCAAUACAUAUAUCAUCAUGAAACAAGGAAAUAUUUUUUAUUCACAUUUUCCAUAAAGUGGAUGAGAUGCUACAGUAAGGUGAAAAUUGUGAUAGAGAAAAUUGAUGAUUAUCAGAGACCUGCAACAGUUCAAUACAAAUAGCAUCAUGAAACAGGAAACAUUUUUCAAUUCAAAUUUUUCAUAUAAUGAUGUUAUAGUAAGGUGAAAAUCGUGAUUAAAUGCGCUGGAGAAAAUUGAUGGUCAUUAGAAAUCUUCAGUAGUUAAACAGUAUUAAUGUAAAAAAUGAUUGAAUUGAUAUUUAUUUCGUCUGAAUUCUCAUAUUUAUAGCUGCGCUGAUGAAGUUGUUAUUGAAAUAUAUAUCUCAGACUUUUUUUUACAACUAAUGGUAACUUUUUUCCAAAGAUUGUUAAGGAACAGUUCAAAGUUUACUUGGCUUUAAUUCAACUUAGGUUCAAAAAGUUUAUUAAAAGUUUUCUAUUUCCCAGUUCUUUAAUGAGAUGAAGGCAGGUUAUUAAAUUUUUUGUAUAAUGGUACGAUAUGUUAAAUUAGUUUUAUGACCCGUACCAUUUGUGAUAUGAAUCGACUGUGAUAUUUUUUUUUAUACAAUUGUGUUUUGUAUAACUGCUAAUUAUUUGUAUGUUAUUGCUCAAAGCUUUAUGUUUGUGUAACAGAAGAUUUGUUAAUUCUUAUUUCAAAUUUUAAAUAUCUGUUGACUUCAUAUUAAAAAGUUAAAACUUGAA